AUGGAUAGACUAAACCAAACAUUUGUGAAAGAAUUCAUUCUUCUGGGACUGUCUGGUUACUCAAAACUUGAAAUGGUUUUCUUUGCCAUGAUUCUAGCUAUGUACCUGGUGGUUCUAAUUGGCAAUGGUCUUCUGAUCAUAGCAAGUAUCUGUGAUUCCCGUCUUCACACACCCAUGUACUUCUUCCUGGGCAACCUCUCUUUUCUGGAUAUCUGCUAUACAACCUCCUCAGUUCCCUCAACUUUGGUGAGCUUAAUUUCAAAGAAAAGAAACAUUUCCUUUUAUGGCUGUGCAGUGCAGAUGUUCUUUGGCUUUGCAAUGGGGUCAACAGAAUGUUUCCUCCUUGGCAUGAUGGCUUUUGAUCGCUGUAUGGCCAUCUGUAACCCUCUAAGAUAUCCCAUCUUCAUGAGCAAGACGGUUUAUGUACUGAUGGCUUCUGUGUCAUGGCUCUCCGGUGGAAUCAAUUCUGUUGUGCAAACCUCACUUGCCAUGCGAUUGCCUUUCUGUGGGAAUAAUAUUAUCAAUCAUUUCACAUGUGAGAUCUUAGCUGUUCUCAAACUUGCCUGUGCUGAUAUAUCACUCAAUAUUAUCACCAUGGUGAUAUCAAAUACGGCCUUCCUAGUUAUUCCACUUUUGGUAAUUUUUUUCUCCUAUAUAUUCAUCCUCUAUACCAUCUUGAGAAUGAACACAGCCACAGGGAGACACAAGGCCUUUUCUACCUGCUCAGCUCAUUUGACUGUUGUGAUUAUAUUUUAUGGUACCAUUUUCUUCAUGUAUGCAAAACCCAAAUCUCAAGACCUGAUGGGAGAAGACAAUCUGCAAACUUCAGACAAACUCAUUUCUCUAUUUUAUGGGAUAAUGACUCCUAUGCUGAAUCCUAUUAUCUAUAGCUUGAGGAAUAGAGAUGUAAAAACUGCUGUAAAAUAUCUGCUUAACCAAAAGCCUACUCAGUAG